AAUAAUAUUAAUAAUUAAUAAUUAUUAAAUUUUAUUAGGCCUAGAUCUAGUAGUAGGAGAGUUAUUUUUGGUAAUCUAUCGUUUUGGGUACGUAAAAUCGCCCGCGACUUGUAAUGUGAAAAACAGGUGACUCCUUACAUUUUGAUAAUUAUUUCACAUUUUGAGGAGGAUUUAUGUUUUGAAAAAUACAAAAAUAUUUCCUUGUUUCUUUUAUGUACCUGUAUUUAAACAAUUGAAUUAAAACUUUUUAGUAAUAAAUGAACACCAGCGAUGUUUCCAACAGAUGCAACCAUGCUCAUUUACUAUAGCAGCCAUCUUGUUAAAGUUUUAUUUUUAUAGACUUAUAGUGCACGAUUCAGGCGGAAGUCACUCUAUUUUACAAAUGGCUGCUGUUUAUAUAGCAAAUCUUGCUUGCAGACACUGCUGUUUAAAGUUAAUUUCUGGCCUAUAUUGAUAUAUUUAGCCAUUGAUUUAGGUUUAUUAUCCAUUUAUCUAUAAUAUUUGACACAAACAUAUCACAAUAUACUUCUAUUACAGCCUUGACAAUGAGGUAACGUUUUCGUACAUUAAUAGCCGCGGCCGAUUUUUUUACGUACCCAAAACGAUAGAUUACCAGUUAUUUUAUCUAGCCUACUAUUUUAUAUUUUUUAAUUUUUAGUAUCUACACUAGUCUAGAGAGAGUAGAUAAGAUAGUUUUCUUAGUAGUUAACAAAAAGUUAAGUUACCAACUAACUACUAGAUUCUAGAUCUAGUAGUUAGUACAAGUACAAUAGAUCUAUAAUUUUUUAACUAUAAGUAAUAAGUAAACAGUAAAAUAACUAUCAUUUUAUACUUAUAGUUAUAACUUAUAAGUUAUAGAUCUAGCUAGAUUAUUCUAGAUAUCAGAUAUAGUCUAUAGUCUAUGAAUGAUUCAUUCAAUUCAUGGAUGUUCAAGAUAUGUUUUAUGCUUGUAAAAGCGGAGAUUUACAACGCCUUCAGUACCUUGUGGACAUCAAAGAAGUGGAGAUUGAUCUGAGGGAUAAAUGGGAUAGCACACCAUUGUACUAUGCAUGCCUGUGUGGGCACAGAGAUAUAGUAGAAUAUUUACUAGAAAGAGGAGCCAAGUGUGAAGCCAACACAUUUGAUGGCGAGCGAUGUUUGUACGGUGCUCUGACAGAUGACAUACGCAACCUUUUACGGAGCUAUCAUGUUAUUUCUUCUAGAACUAUACGAAGAGACCUGUAUGAGGAGUUUAUGCGCAGGCUGCUAGAAAACAGGCUGUACAGUGAUGUGCUGUUUAGUGUCCAUGGAGAAGAAUUAUCUGCCCACCGCUGCAUACUGAGUGCGCGUUCUCUUUUCUUUGCCCGGAUGUUUAAAACCAAGUGGCAGGAUAGAAGGGUUAUAGAACUCAAUCACUCGCAGAUGUCACAAGGAGCAUUUAAAUCCAUCUUGCAAUAUAUUUAUACAGGUCACAUGGAAGUGUCCAUUGACCUAGUUGGAGACUGUGUCCGAUUGGCCAGGCACUGUCAACUAGACCAGCUGGUGACCCAGAUAGAAGACAAGAUGAAAAAAACACAGUCCUGGGAAAGUUCCAAGCCUGGUGUUAGAGUGACCACCCUUGUUCUGGAUCCAACCAAUGGCAGCGACUCGCUUCAACAAGACCUGGCCCAGCUGGCACAAGCAGCUCUGCCUGAUGGGCUGUCAUCUUGGGUUUUAGGAGAGCUUCCAUUUGAUCCAGAGAGUUUGAGUUAUGCAGAUGUGUGUUUUGUGGUGGAGGAACAAAAGUUUAUGUGCCACAAGGCAUUCUUCUGUGGUCGUAGUGACUAUUUUAAAGCUCUACUUGAGGACCAUUUUGGUGAGAAUAAAUGCAGUGAAAAUGUGCCAAUCAUCUACCUGCAUCAAGUCGCUGCAGAUAUUUUCAUUCGGAUACUAACAUACAUCUAUUCUGACUCUUGUGAACUGAGCCCAGGCGUGGUGUGUGAUGUGCUGAUGGCAGCUGACAUGUACCUUCUGGCAGGCCUCAAGCGCCAGUGUGGCACCUCCAUGAUGGACUUUGUGGAGGAGGCUAACGUUGUCUCAAUCAUCAGGACCUCCAGGCUCUUUGGACUCCCUAGGCUGGAAUCACACUGUGCUCAAUUCAUAGCCAACCACCUCUCCAAGAUCAUCGUCCAGGAAGACUUUCACCAACUGGUUCUAGAGGAUGCCGGAAAUGUUCAGGCCAGGGAGGAGACAGACAGCAUCGACAUUGUGGAUGAAAUACGCUACUACAUAACCAGCUUUGUUUUGACCUACAGCGAAAUGGAGGAAGCCAAUGAAAAACUGAGACUCAUUGACAACCUCCUGGAAGAGCUGGAUGUAGAGGGUUGAGGACGGGACAACCCUCAAGGUUGAGGACAUGGUCCUUACAACCCUCAAGGCCACUGACCUAAAGUUUGUUGUUGCUGUGUUGUUUUACUCCUGGUUAUGUGUAGCUGUGAUGUACUAUUCCUGGUGUACAUGUAUUUGGCCAUAGUGUGAUGAUUAGAAUGGAUUUUUUUGCUUAGGUCACUAUGUCUAUGGGCUUGUGAGCACUCAAGAAUAUCAAAUUUUCAAUCUAAGAUAUUGAAUUAGUCAUUAAAAAUUAAUUAAAAAAUGUUUAUAUUCAAUAACGAAGGGGGAGAUGACAAGAGGGUAGUUAAAUAGUAGAGGCUGCAACAGGUUUUUGAUGGUUGUAUGUUUUAUAUGGUUGUUUGUAUGUUUUAUAUGGUUGUUUGUAUGUUUUAUAUGGUUGUUUGUAUGUUUUAGAUCAUCCACCUGGAAUAUUUACAUUGAUGAUAGUCAGUCAUAUGAGCGGAGUCAAUGGAUCUUCUAAUGCAUAAUUAGAGGCAGAUAAUAAUCAUUUAGAGCUACUGAUCAAGUUUUAACUAAUGAACCAAAUCAAAUCAGCAAAAAAAAUUUAAACUUCCAUAUGGACUUAAUGUAGCAUCUUUAUAACAUGUAACACCAAAGUUAGAAAAUAAACCUCUAUAAUAAUACUGUUUUUAGUCCAGAAAUCUUUUCAAUAUAUUUCAAUAUAUUUUCUUCUUUUAUAUUUGAAGACAAGUUAUGUUUAUUCUCUUUUUUAGUUGUUUUAUUAUUAUAUAAUAUAAGCCUACAUGAUUUAGUUUCCAAGUUUUCUGGCUCAAGUCAUUUGAAAAAAAUUUCUUGUAAUAUGUUGACUCAAAACUUACAUUGACACAAAUUGUAAACACUAAGAUCUAAAGCCUGACCUUGACCUUAAAUAAAGCUCACUGAUGGUGCCCUGUUGACACAUCAUGUAUUCUGAUUGGUGGACUAACAAGCCUACAUAAAUAAUGCAACAUGAUGAGUAAAAAUGUAUGUAUUGUUUAUGUAAAUAUUCUGCCACUGUAUUUAAUCACCAAGAUUUGGGGUGGGGGGAUGUUUACAUGGAUUUUUUUUACCAUUUAACACAGGUCUUAACCAAAAUUAAA